GUCUGCGUUCAUCUCCCCCACCCCCCUCCCUCCCCUUUGCACGGGAGUUAGAGCGGGGUCCGGGUCCAUCUCUCUACCGGGUUGCUAGGGAUGGGUUCAUCUCUCUGCCCGGUAGUCAGGGGCAGAGUCUGGUUGCUAGGGGCGGGGUCUGUGUUCCCCCUCCCUAUCCAGCCCUGGCUACGGAAUGGCGGGCGUCGAGGCCGCGGUGCUGCGUUCCCCGGCUCUCCUGUGCGUCCUGAUGCUGCUCGGGCUCCAGAGACCGGUGGCAGGAAGGGCGCUGAAAUUCGUCAACCUGAUCUAUCGUCACGGUGACCGAUCUCCAAUCCAAGCAUAUCCAGCCGAUCCAUAUACAGAGAAAGACUGGCCUCAAGGCUUUGCACAGCUUACCCAGGUUGGAAUGAAGCAGCAUUACGCCCUGGGCCAGUAUUUACGGCAUCGCUACAAUACCUUCCUCAACUCCUCUUAUGACCGGCAUGAGGUUUAUGUUCAGAGCACAGAUAUUGACCGGACUCUAAUGAGUGCUCAAGUGAAUCUAGCAGGUCUGUACAUUCCACAAGGUCAUCAGAUCUUCCAUCCUGACGUCAAGUGGCAACCAAUUCCCGUGCAUACAGUGCCUGUGGAACAAGAUGAGUUUCUCAAGUUCCCACGGAAAAACUGUCCCCGGUUUCAAAAGUUGCUGGAAGAGACGAUGAACAGCAGAGAAGUUCGCGAAAAAAUACAGAAAAAUACGGAUUUUCUGAACAUGGUAUCCAAUAACACCAAGAUGAAUGUGACGAUGCUGAAUGAAUGGAAGGUUUACGACACUCUAUUUUGUGAGAAAACUCACAAUUUCACAUUGCCUUCCUGGGCUACGCAUGAGGUGAUCACUCGUAUGAGAGAACUGAAUGACUUUGGCAUGGAAAUAAUCUUUCAACUUCACAAGACACAAGAGAAAUCGAGGCUGCAAGGGGGUGUCCUUCUCAAACGAAUUCUGCAAAAUAUUAAUCAGGCAAUAAAUGAGUCUACUCCCAUGCCAAGUCUCAAAUUAAUCAUGUACUCAGCGCAUGAUGUGACACUCAUCGCUCUGCAAAUGGCACUGAAUGUGUACAACUAUAUUAUUCCCCCAUAUGCCUCCUGUUUUAUGUUUGAGCUGUAUGAAGAAGAUGACAGGUCCUUCACAUUGGAUAUGUACUUCAGGAACCAGUCUGAUUCUGAGCCACAUCUUCUGACUCUUCCAAAUUGUUCUGAACAUUGUCCCUUGCAAGACUUCAUCCGCAUCACCAAGCAUUUGAUCGCUGACGACUGGGAGGAGGAAUGCAAAAUCUCCAGUGACUCUAACCAAACAGGUCUGGUGCUGGGCGCGGCGCUGAGCACGUGCUUUGUCCUGUUGAUCGUGUUGGGGAUCACACUGUACUGGCGCUGGAACUGGAAAACAUCACGACUCCAAGUGCCAACCAGCAGCGAUGAAUCAGCCUGACUAUCGAUGGGUUUGCUCAGCUUGGACGACCAGGAAGAGUGUUGACUGGGCUCGCAUUCAUCUAUCCCAGGUUGAGGGCUGUUGGAUAUGUGAGCUUACCAUGCAGUUUCCUUAUGUACUGCAGUGUUGUGUGGAGGGUCGUUAGUAUCAGCCAGCUCCCAUGCUUGGCAAACAAACUUUCUGCCUUCUCUUCACAAUCCUCAAUACCACUGUCCUGUCCAGCAAUUUUGAUUUUUGGAGUGCUCAUCCACUCCAUGGUGACUUCCCCUCAUCACCAUCAGCCCCCAUAACCUCUGUUCUUUCUCCCCCACCUCUGCUCCAAAGCCUGGAACUCCACAUUCCUCCUACCUCCUUCCUGCGCACGUUCUCCUCACCACUGGUGGAGUUUUAAACACGAUUCACGUGACUUAACUACCACUUACCUGAUCCGCGGCCGCAUCAAACAUAAUGCCCCUUCUGUCCUCUUACAUAACUAGACAGGAUACCUCAACCAAUGGGACCAAAUGCUUUUUGUACUUUUACAAGUCACAUUUUGCUAAAACCAUAAUUUUAGUUUGAGCUGAUAUAAAUGUUGCAACAUGUUGAGGAAAUUAUUUUAAGUCAGGUGGUUCCAAUUGAACAGCCAGCAUUGGAGAGCUUCUGGCUUAAAAUUUUGCCGUGAUAUAAAUUUACAGGUGUAAAGGGGGUUUCUUUUUUUCUCUUUGUUACUGUUGGGAAAGGGUUUCCUUUUGUUAACUAGCAGGAAUGCUAAUUUACUGAUAACGAGAAUGGUAUUCCUUUGUAAACCAAAUGGGAUUAAUGUUCUUUCUUCUGAGUCUGUAAGCUUUUGUUGAUGGGCUUUUGGGCAGAUCGGCGCGAGGGGGUCGAGAGAGAGGACGCAAUGCUCUAAGCAGGGUGAGGAUCGGACCCCAAAGGGGGGUCCGAGGCCGGGAGAUUCUCCGAGGAGGGGGGGAUGAAGCUAGAUGUGCUUGGUUGACCACUCGGAGGGUCCUGAGCUGUUUGGAGAGUUGAGGAGUUUGGAGGGUCCUGAGCUGCGAGUCGAGGAGUUCGGAGGGGAUCGAAUGGUGGCCAGAAGACUUCAGAAAUUGAGCUCCAACAGUUGUGCACGAAGUGGUUUGGACUUUGAUAAGUUUGGUGCCUUUUCUUUAAUUUUCUCUUCAUAUAUACUGUAUCGUUAUUAAUCACUUAGUUAUAGUAACCUUUAUAAAUUGUACUCAUUUAAUCGCA